AUGACCCGUAAUGGUGUACUAUCUGUGUGUACGAACAUGUCCGUUCACGACUCCUGGGAAGCGCUCCUCUGGCUCAAGUCCACCGCCUACCACCUCCUCUCUCUCGAUCUCUCGAAGGUCGCCGUAGGAGGUUCCAGCGCUGGCGGAAAUCUAGCAGCGGUAAUUUGCCACAGAGCUCUCUCCGCUCCAUCAAGCGUCCCGAAACUCCGCGUCAAACUGCUCAUCGUCCCGGUCACGGACAAUACCGCCCUCCCGUCCAACACUCCCCCCUGGAAAGAAAACGGAUUCGCGCCCGCUCUUCCGUCGCUGAAGAUACUGUGGUAUAGAAAUCACUACUUACCGGAUGAGAAGACAUGGCCCGAGCCAGAAGCAAGCCCGUUGCUGUAUGAGGGCGGGUGGAAGUAUGAGGGGGAGGCCUACGCCGAGAAGUUGGAGAGCGCGGGGGUUGAGGUGGAACUGAAGGCUAUGAAGGGCAUGCCGCAUCCAUUUUUUGCUAUGGAUGGAGUGUUGCAGCAGGGGAGGGACGCCAUCACUUAUAUGGUGGAAGCGUUGAACAGAGCUUUCGCUUAA